GACAGCAAGAGGUUCAAGGGGGACAGCAGGGGCACCCAGGGCCCCUCCAGAGUGAUCCACCUCCACAGGCUGCCAAGCAGUGUCACGGAAAAAGAGAUUCUCUGUCUCGCGCUGCCUUUUGGGAAGGUCUCCAACCUACUGUUUCUGAGGGCGAAGAACCAGGCCUUCAUGGAGAUGAGCACAGAGGAGUCCGCCAACACCAUGGUCAACUACUACACCUGGAUGACUCCCGUGCUGUGUGGGCAGCCCGUUCACAUCCAGUUCUCCCACUACAAGGAGCUCAAGGUGAGCAGCCCCCCCAGCCAGGUGGCCGCCCUGAGUCAGGUGGCUGCCCCUAGCAGGGCGGCUGCCCCAGGACAGGCUGCCGCCUCCUCUGGCCAGGCUGCUGCCCCCAGCCAGACGGGGUUAGUGGUGGCCGGACAGGGCUCUGUGCUCAGGAUCACUGUGGAGAACUACUUCUACCAGGUGACCUUGGAAGUGCUUCACCAGCUCUUCUCCAGGUUUGGCACAGUUCUGAAAAUUAUCCUGUAUACCAAGAACGACCUGUUCCAGGCGCUGUUACAGUAUGCUCACGCGGGGAGUGCCGAGAGUGCCAAGCUGUUCUUGGAUGGGCAGAACAUCUAUGACGCCUGCUGCACACUGCGCAUCUCCUUCUCCGAGCUCACCAACCUCAUAGUCAAGUACAACAAUGACAAGAGCCGUGACUACACGCGCCCAGACCUGCCCUCAGAUGACAGUCAGCCCUCGCUGGUCCAGGUCCGGAACAUGGCUGCAGCCUUCUCUACACCUGCCACGACCUCAGCUUCUCCCUAUGCAAGCACUGCAUCACCUCACACCUUUGAAAUGCCUCAAGCUGCAGGCUUGACCAUCCCAGAAGUGUUUAAGACCCUGGCGCCCCAAGAACUAUCAGAAGUCUUUAAGGCCCUGGGCCCCAAAGCCAUACCAGAAAUGGCCAUGGAAUCAUCAUCUUCAUCCAUAGCAGCAGCAGCAGGGGCGGCGGCAGCACCUGGGGCAGAGAGCUCAGUGGUCACCUCAGGCUCCCCAGGUGUGGGGAACCCUGUGCUCCUGGUUGCCAACCUCAAUCCUGAGAAAGUCACACCCCAAAGCCUCUUCAUCCUCUUUGGUGCCUAUGGCAAUGUGCACCGAGUGAAGAUCUUGUUCAACAGGAAGGAGACCGCGCUAGUGCAGAUGGAAGAUGAGAGUCAGGCUAAGCUGGCCCUGAGGUACCUGAACGGGCACAAGCUGUAUGGGAAGGCUCUCUGCAUCCUGCUGUCGAAGCACCAGAGCGUGAAGCUGCCCCGGGAGGGCAAGGAGGACCAGAGCCUCACCAAGGACUAUGUCAACUCCCCGAUGCACCGCUUUAAGAAGCCCGGAUCCAAGAACUUCCAGAACAUCUUCCCGCCCUCAGCCACCCUGCACCUCUCCAACCUACCCUCCACUGUGUCUGAGGAAGAGCUCAGGAACCUCUUCUCCAGCAAGCUGGGCGCUGUCAAGGCCUUCAAGUUCUUCCCCAAGAACCACAAGAUGGCGCUGAUCCGGAUGGGCUCUGUAGAGGAGGCCAUCCAGGCUCUUGUAGACCUGCAUGGUCACCUCCUAGGCCAGAACCACCACAUGCGAGUCUCCUUCUCCAGGAUCACUAUCUAG